AUGGCAACAAGAAGAAGAGACAUUGCUCCAGGGAAGCACACAGCAAUCACACAACAGCUCAAACCAAACCCAAACUUACCUUCCAAAACAAACUCAACUGCUCUAAACCAUGAACCAAUAAUCUCACCAAGGAAAAACACUCCAAUCAGAGCCCGGCCCAUUUCACUGGGCCCAACCAGCAACCUUCACAACAAGCAACAGCCCACAAAAGCGCUCGACAAGACCCCAUUACUGUCACGAAAAACACACGAUUCAACCAAUCCGCGAAAACCAUCAACUUGGGCCCGGGACAAAACUCCACUCCCUGCCCAGAAAAAACCAGUCUCGGCCCAUAACCCGCCAACCGGGGCCCGGGACAAAACUCCACUCCCGGCCCAGAAAAAACAAGUCUCGGCCCAUAACCCGCCAACUGGGCCCCGGGACAAAACUCCACUGCCGGCCCAAAAGAGACAAGUCCCGAUUAAUUCCUUAAGGUCCAGAGACAAUGCCCCGAAACCCGAAAGGAAAACACAAGUCCCAACUAAUAAUAAUAAUAAUAAUACAUCUAUUAAGCCUCGUGACAAGACUCCAUUGCCCAAACGGCAAUCGAUAGUCCCGAUAAAUUCAUCUAGUCGGCCUCGAGACAAGACACCUGCGCCUGUAAGAAAAACGCAAGUCCCGGCAAAUAAUCAGCCUAGUCGAUCUCGCGAUCGGACCCCACUGCGAAAACCGAAUGCCUCGACAAACCCAUCUCCUCGACUCUCUUCGAUUCCCGAGAAGAAAAAUUCUGCUUCUCAAAAAAGGGGUCCGAGCAAAAAUCCGAAGCCACCAAGUAAAGAUGAUGCGGAGAAACUACCCGUAAGCAAUAUUUUGAACAUGAAGGAGCAAGAGAAUGGAAAGAGCGAUUCUUCGUCAGAAAAGGAACUAAUAACAGAUGCUCAACAAGUGAAGGUUGAAAUUCCAGAUAUGUCUGAAAAUGUCCAGGAAGUUGAAGUUGAGUUGCUUCUGGAAGAUCAAGAAUCUUUCACUCUUCUCGAAGGUGAGAAGCAGCAGAUUGUAAAAAUCCCGAGUGAAGAUGAAGAGAGCACCGUUGAUUUAAUGCCCGAGGAAAAAGAAAAGCCAUUGGAUCUUGCACCGGUUGACAAAGAGAAUGAUAAUGGUGAUGAUAAGGAUGAUGAUGAUAAUAGUGAUGCUAAGGAGGAUGAUAAGAUUGUUACUGACGAGCCUUCUCCUGUUGAAGAACAAGAAGAGGUCCCUCUAGAUGUCAAACCACAAGAAUUGGAAGAGAAAUUGUGUGCUGAAGAGAAAUCAGAAGAACAGAAUAUACAAGAAAUAGACAACAGUAAUGAUGUCGUUGAAAGUGUUGCAGAAAGUUAUCUGAAAGAAGACAAUGAAGAGAAGGAGGUUCAAGUUGAAGAAGCUGAGGUGGUGGAAAAAGAAGAAGAAAAAGAAGAAGUGCCCGACAAGAAAGAUGAAGUGGCUAGCGAGGUUGAAGCUGUUAUUAAGUCCAUCGAAAUAAAAGAGCAAGUGGUUGAGGAAAAAAAGCAAGAACUGGAAAAUGUACCUUCUCAAGCAAAAGAGCAAGAAGUGGUCGAGAAAAAGAAGCAAGAACCAGAAAAUCAAGCUGCUCAAAAGGAAGUAGUACCGAGGAAGAGGGAUUCUGUGGUCUCAAAUGACAUGAUUGAGGAGACUGCCAACAAAUUGCGUGAGCAGAGGAAGAACAGGGUGAGGGCUCUUGCUGGGGCAUUUGAAAGUGUGAUAUCUUCACAGUAA